AUGAUCACACUUCGAGGCCAACCAGUCCCAUCCGUUGACUGUGCCAAGGGACUAGGUUUCUACAUGGACAAGAACCUCACCUUCGACGAACAGAUCUCUGCAAUGAUCAGUAAAGCAUCGUGCAGACUGAAUUAUUUGCGUCUGUUGACGAAGCAAGGUACCUGUGUAAUGGACCUAAUACAGAUAUACCUGGCACUUACACGUCCAGUACUUGAGUAUGGCCAUGUGAUACUGGUCGGGUGCAGUAAGGAGCAGGAACUGGCCAUCGAGAGGGUACAGCGCCGGGCCCUGCGCAUCAUCUCCCUAGGAGGAAGGCGCAGUGUGCCCGACUUGCCCCCACUCAAAGUCAGACGGGAGGAGGCAGCGGUACAGCUGUUUGAACGCAUGCUCAGGGAAGACCACCCCCUGCAUGACAUGGUUCCACCCACAAGAACAGGGGCCACGGGACUCACACUUAGAAACUCUAGGACAAUCAGUUUACCAAAAGCCCGUACUAAGAGACUCAGCAAGUCCUUCCUCCAUAGCGCCAUCCGUCUAUACAACAAGAAGGUUACACAGUAG